UGCUGUUUGCCUUUCCUCCUUGGUUUCUAAGAAGUGCUCUCUUUUCUGGUUCGUUCUCAGCAACAGCCUCGUUGCAGCAUUCACGCCCAUCUGCAUGGUCCCCUGCCUCUUUCUGUAUUUGCUGCUUAUGUCUCCCCAUUGAGCUUGGCAGGGAAGAGAGGUGCUGAGCCGGAGCUCCUACUUCCUGCUGCCUCUGCUUUCGUUGUGGUUGGCUCUGUAUAACAGUCUAACACACUAGAGAGAAGGAGCAGGCAGAAAAUAGGUUAGGGAUCAUCUGGUGGGGCAACAAUCGGGUGCUUUGUCUAUCUGUGAAGGAACAAGUCUGGCUUGACAUUGAUAAGAUAGCUUUUGGGAUAUCUGGGGGUCAUUGUUUUAUCUGGGUGUGCUGGUCAGUGUUAUAUUUGAGAAGCAAAAUGUGCAGCUAACAUGUGCUGAUUCUGAGUGUUACGACACCGGAGAACUGGGGGUUCCAUGUAACGGUCAGUUGAAGGCAGAGAGGGCAAGGCAGAUUUGUCAUUUUGUGGUGUGGGGAAGUCUAGGUUGCAAAAGUUUCUGGUUUUGCAAAAUUUCAUGCAGACAACUCUGCAGAAGGAAUUUGGGCGGGGGGACACUCCCAGUUGGCCCUAUUAAGCUGUUAAACCAUUUUUCCUGAUAAUAAUGUUCUUAAAGCAAAUUUCUAGUAAGUUGUUUAAACAUUGUAGUCUCUUUACUAUUGCAUUACCAACCUGACAUCUAAAUGCAGAUCCUUACAGUAUCUAAAAGUGGAUACAAGAGACCCAGAGGUCUUAAGGAUGUUUGGUAGAGUAAUGGGGAAAAUGGAACUUUCCAUCCGGAAAGAAUGGAAAGGUUAUAGAAAGGAGAGGACAUACAAGUGAGCUCCUCUGGCCCCGUCUCUCUUCCACUUACAGGUCAGGAUAAAGUAAUCAGAGCAUUAUGAGAUCUAACUUUUUAUGGUCUGGCUGAGAAAGGAGAAAACUGGCUUGGGCUUUGGAAACUGACAAGGCGGAACCGGCUGCUGUCACAAUAAGGCCACCCAGUUACAAGAAGACCGCAGAAGCGGGAAACCUGCCAUAGAUACUGGGUUUUAGCAGUCUCGUACCUCAUGGCAACUGGUUGCCACAAUUGAGUCCAUUGCUGGAGAGGCUGUUGUAGCGCUGGAAUUAGUGUGGCCGCGAGGUGGUGGUGGCGUUCUCUGGGCACACUUGGCUCUUGCAGGAGGGGAGCCAUCCAAGGGGAGGGGGAGCUUCUAGAAUGCUGACUCAGCCAGAGCGUUCUAGGCUGGCUAUGUACAUAAUGGGUUGCCAAGGGCAGCCGGUGGAGGAAAAAUGCGCAAGAGGUGCAGAUCCCACAGGGUGGUGGUAUUCAUCCUGCACUGACCAUGGCUGGUGGGUACCAGCUGUGGGCACCCUGGUCUCCACUGGAUGAGUCCCUGCAGUGGCUGCGGGGCACCAUGCCCAGGCUCAGUGGCACCAAUAACCCCCUUCAGGGUGGGCAGAGCCCAGCUGCUGCUGACCUGGAAGUUCAGCUUUGCUUCCAGGGACUCAGCCUGGUGCUGGAGCCUGGUGCCAAGGCGGGAUCUGGACUGCCACAGCCCCCUGGGGCUGCAGGAGAGACAAGGGGGCGCGCCGGGACAGUGCGCAAGCCUCAGGCUGUGCGCCUCACAGGGCUUGACUCUGUUUUCGGCCGCCUUGUGACGGCACAGCCCCCACGAUGGACCAGCUCGCUGAGGGUCUCGGAGCACUCAGCUUUUUGUCAAGUUGUAAGCCCCCACCAGUGCUGGCCCCGUGGGCUCCGGGAGCCACAGGUGCGUGUGGCUAUGGCCAUGUGCCGGCAGAUGCUGCGCGCCAUUCUCCUGCUUUAUGCCGUCUACAAGAAAUGUGCCUUCGCGCUGCAACAUUCCCGCUGAGGCCUGCCUGUAGGUUCGUUUCCCCAAGCACAAGGCAGCCGCAUGCCUCACCUCAGUGACACCAGCCUCCCUGAUUAGCAGACCUUCUGCGUCUCUGCGCUCCUCUGUACCUAAAUGACAUUCCUUUCACAGAAAAUAAGUACCAACACGAUCAAGCUGGUAUGGAGACAAUCCACAGGCCAUCUGCAAAGAGCGUAAAUCAACCAUAGCAUUCUGUUUGCCCAGCCAUAAAGAAUUCAGGAAGGUCCAUUUUUAGCAAUAUGGAGAAGCUACAGUGUUGCAACAUCCAGCUUGUCCAUGGAAAGAACAAAGCAAACAACUGGUGAAAAGACAGGAAAACCUUUUGCCCAAUAUAAUCGUUAAACUGCAAAGAGCAAGAAGCAAACCAUUAUAUAUGGGAGCAAAGGAUGCAAGAACACUGAAACAGAUCAGACAAGUUUUGACACAUUGUGAGAAGAUAUUCAGAGAUGUGCACCUGAUGAGAAGCUGUUUGUACACAAUCACAUGUACCAUUUGCUUUACAAUAAUAUUUUCCAACACAGAAAAAGCUUCGUUGCAAUAAUGACUAAAACAGAAAUGAAUAAUACACCUGCCAGCAGCAUUGUGCUGGAGACUGCAAGGACAUUUGUAGAGGAGCAAGUGGAGAAGUGCUGAGGGUAUUUUGAAUAUAGUACAAAUAGUAUUGAGAACUGCUAAAUAAAAUGUAUCAUUUCAUCUAUAUUUUAAA